CCCAGCUUCCUAUUACCAUGGAUAAACAGUCCACGGUGGAGUUUCGAAAUGUGGGGCAACUGUACUUCCCCCAAACCAGAGUGGAGUGCCACUACAGUCUGACCUCUGACCAUCAGUGGAGCAGCAGUGACUGGAUAGGGAUUUUUGAGAUGGGCUGUUCUUCAGUGACACAGUAUUACACAUAUACAUGGGCUCUUGUUCCUGAAGGGUACACUGAGGGUACCAAUGUCAACUGCUGUGUACUUUUCCAGGCAUUCUACCUGCCCCGCCCCAGUGCUGUGGAGUAUCAGUUCAUAUAUGUGGAUAAGAUGGGAAAGGUGUGUGCCCGUAGUCGCCCUUUCACUUUCCGUGCUCCCAAGCCGUUGGAGGAGCUGGAGACUCUGAAAGAGGAUCAAGAUGAGGAGGAUGGAGAGGAGGAGCUGCUCCUGGUCAUCCCCAGGGCUCAACUGCUUCAGAGUCGGCUGGAGGAAUGCUUAAAAAAACAGGUGGAUAUACAGCAGGCUCUGGAUGUGGCAAAAAAGGAGGUAGUGAAUGAGAAAGAGAACAGCAGAAAAGCGAGGAUGGAGUGGGAGCGUGAAAGAAAAGCAAUGAAGGAGGAGAUCUCAGAGCUUAGAGACAACUUAAGAAACAGCUGUGAGAUGUUGACGAGGAUGGAGGGAAAACACAAGAAUGUAAAAUACAGUCAGGAAAAUCUGACAUCCGAACUGAGUAAACACAUGGCUGAAAAGGCUGAAUGUCAGCAGAGAAACAAAGAGCUGGAGAAGGAUCUCAAGGCCCUUAAAGAAAGGGAGAAAGAGGAAAACGGGGACCUGGAAAGGCUGAAGGAGAGAGUGAAGAAAAUGUCCACUCAAAUGAAACACGAUGAGGAAAAGAGAAAAUGUCUGCAGGAGGAGAACGAGGCUGCUCUGGCGCAGGCACAAGGGCUGCAGGAGCGUCUGGAGGCUUGUGAGCAUGAAGCUGAAGGCCUGCGUAGGGAACUGAGAGAGCUGGGCACCCGUCAGGGCCAUACCAACACUGAGCUGCAUCAAGCCCGGCUGCAAGUAGCCCAGCUCACCCUGCAACUGUCUGAGGAGAACCUGGUCCUCAGGGAGGAGCGUGCCAACUGGGCUCUGGAAAGAGAGGCUUGCAAACACGCAGCAGAAACUGAUAAAAAGAAAAUGCAAGAACUGAGCUGCGAGGUGGAGCGGAGGCAGGAGUGGCUCCAGGAGGAGAGGAUGGAGAGGGAGAAACUGGAAUUAGAGCUUGGACGAGAGAGAGAUUGCAGUCGAGUGCUGCUGAGUGACACUAAGCGAGAGCUACAGGAGCUGAAGGCCAGUUUGAGGAAAGCCCAGACAGAGAGAGAGGAGCAGCAGGUGGAGAAACAGGACCUGCUGAACUUCAUCCGUCAGUUAGAGCAGAGGUUGGGGAUUGUGCCAGAAAGUACAUCAAAUGGGGAAAUUCCAACAUGCGUCUCUUCUGGCACUUCCUCUGAGGAUGACAAGGAAGCUUCUCCACCUUCACCCAGAUCGAUCCGUUCACCUCUUUUCUUGUCCGCUCACCUGGAACGGCCCAACAGAGCUGAGACCAUUGCUGCUGAGACACACAGCAUAAGCAAAGAAGACACACCAGCCUCUGACACACAGGAUGUGUGGAGGCAGCACUGUGAGCCCCGAGCCUGUGAAGGGAAGCAACUGAUCCUACCAGAACUCACCGACCCUAUCCUGAGUGACUGGGCUGACUGCCCCAUGUGGUAACACAAAGAAACGUGGACGGCAAGUUGCUUGUUUACCACUGUGGUGCAACUUCAUGCGGAUCAUUAGAAAACCUUUGGGAUUAUUCUGUUGUUGUUUUCUAGUUGAUCACGUAGGAAAUGGUCUUUACAAAGGUCAUAUUUAUGGUGCAGAGCUUUUAGUGUGCGAGUGUCCAUAUUUAAGGAAAACACUGCACAAUUUGUGAGUCUUAAGUGUCCAGACUUUGGUUUAUUAGUGUGGCUAAUGGUUUUAUUACUGCUAAAGGAUAAACAAAACUCUUCUUUAGACUUUCAUGAGCAGGUAUUAAUUGUCUUAAAAAUAUUUCAGUUUAAUUUAGGCUCCAUUUACAAUCCAUAGAUUUUCUAACUUUUGAUUAAAAGGGAAAGUGUUGUUGGUGCCAUGAUGAAUGCAAUACAUCUUGUUUCAGUAGAAUAUCAGCCCAUAACCUCUGCAUGUGAGUGUGAAUCCUGAAACCGUGUCAAAAGUGUGGGUGUGUGUUACAGACAAGUGUGAAAUGUUCUGUUGCAGCUUGUCGAGCACAGCGUCAUGUUGGACGAACAUGAAAGUUAAUUUAUGACAUUUCUGUUUGUUGAUCCGAGCUUCUGUCAGAGAGACACUGCUCUUUAAUAAACUAUGAUGAUAAAUACAUGUUGAUGGCAGUUUGUGUUUUGUAAGUUUCCAUCCCGAGACUUUCUGUGUGUAAAGUGACGGCAAAGAAAAGGACAACUGGACGCUGAAACGUCUGAGAACGAAAAGCGUCUUUAUCAAAAUACAAGAAAGACAACAACAAGUAACAAAUGAGCAAACAACAAGCAACAAAUAAGCAAAUAUCAAAAUGUAAAAACAAGAGUCAGUCCAGUCUUUGUUUUUCCGUGUGUGUGUGUGUGUAUGUGUGUGUGUGUGUGUGUAUCAGAGCUAUUUCUGUAAAAGUCCAAUUGAAAUAAAAAGCAUGAGGUGUCUGAAUCCCUGAACAUGAAGACAAGUUAUUUGCACACUAUAAAGAUUGUGUUUAUAAAAAGUAAGACAUCAGUUAAAAAAACAACAACAAAAUGUAACAGAGAUGGUUCCAGCGUCAAAGUCAUUAAAAUCAUGAAAUUUCAUCUACCACACAUUACUAAGGGAAUAUAUUUCAUGUCAAUGACCUCAAUAGAACUUUUAUUAAUGAACGUUCUUUUUCUUUUGCUUUUGUCCACAUUAUGUAAUACUGUAUCUUUGGUCUUUUUGGAUUUUUCAAACUCACAUGCAUACAUACAGAGCUGAGGCCUUUGUGACCUCGUCCACGGCUUACUUAUUGCACCAGCUCAAAUUCAAGAAAAGAAACAAGUCUACGAGAUAAAGAAGAAAAAAAAACAGGAAAACAUUUUAUUAUGAAAUAUCGUGGUUAUGUGAUGCAGAAACAUAUUUAAGUACUAAACUACAUAGUAUGCAGAGUUGGCUGACGAUGUGCAAAAUAUUGACUGUGUGCGUCUCUGUGUGAGUGUGUGUGUGUGUGUGUGUGUGUGUAUGUGUGUGUGUGUGUGUGUGUGUGUGUGUGCGUGUGUGUUUGUGUGUGUGACAGAUGAAAAACACUGAAGAUAACUUUUGAUUGUGAUGUCACCGCCCUAUAUCACAAUUGGCAUUCUAAAAAGAAAAUAUUGUGGCGUCUGUGUUGAUUAUUUAACACUUAAAUCAACCCCUGUGUAGUUCAUGGCUUUACAUAUGGUACUAAGGACAUGUCUAACUUAUAUAUAUAUAUAUAUAUGGUCACUGCUUCAAAGCUGCUGGUGUAGUUGCCACUAUCAUCAUGUGGGAUCAGUUUUCCUCUUAUAUUCUCUACAUCUUCUCUUUCUCUGCUUCAUUCAGGGAGUGAAUGUCUCCAUAUAUUAUCAGAAACAUGCAGUCCUUUUUUCGGAUAUUACACACUACCUCCAACUUUUUAUCCCUCAUUUAAAAAAAGAAAACUAAAUUUAAAAAAAGUUGCAGCUUUACUGCAAUGUCUCAUGCCAUGAAGGACAACAUGCUGAUGGAGAAUCUUUUCCCUUAAGGAAUUCAGUGAGCCUCACACUGUCUUUCAUUAAACAGAUACUGACAAAAAAAGCUGUACAGUCUCAAGUAAAAACAAGUUAUAAGUAUUUAUUUUACAAAAUCCAUGUAUUGCAUCACUCAUUAGAUACAGCACACAUGAACACACAUCAUCUGACACUAUCGCCCUGUACUGCAGCAGACAGGUCACCCAAUGUAAAGCUUUUGUUUUGUUGUUAAUUAUGUUGGACGGUUGCAACACUCAUGUGAUUCUUGGUCAGCUUGCAUCGGCAAUGUCGCACUGUCCAACAGGGGUCUUUGGGUGAGUGAAUUAUUUUAAAAACAUUUAGUUCUUUGCUACAAAAUCUAUUUUAUGUGCAUUUUUAUGAUACUAAUAAUUGGACUUCUGGAUAAAUGUUCACUGUGGAUUGUGGCAGUGAUGACAGCAACAUCACGUCUCUACAACAUCACUGUGUACUGGUAAAUGCUCUCGGUUACACAUUCAAGCACACACGCACACACACACACCUGAGGUUUUCUGUGAAGUAAACUGCUUUUAUAUGGUAACGUCUGUUGGGAUGAUUCUUCCUCACUCUUGGAAAAAUUAAAA